CGCAAAAAUAUAUAUAUACAAAACCACCAUGUAUGGUCUAUUUCUCAUCAAACGGUAACCCCGUGAUUAACAUAAGUACAAAAGAUUAAGCGGUUUUUCGUACAUCUGUCCAAACAACCAUAUUUUUUCCAUCUUGAAAAGAAAGGCAAAUGGCCACAUGUAACCUGUGGAUGUGUCGAUGGCCUUCAUUAAAUAUUCACGUGGAGAAAUGAGCAUCUUACCAACCAUGUUCGAAAAGGUUCAAAAACUUGGGCGGCAAUACAAAUACUCUCUUGCCCUCUCCGCAUGUUUCACAAUGCACUUUGUAGCCUUGUAGGUGUACACGUGCUAUACAUAUUCCCUUCAAAAGAAAAUGUAGGUGCUAUACUAAAAUUUGGGUAGCAGUCAUACACUGCUUAAAAUUUUGGGCCGGCCACACUCAAGCUGGACGUUUCAGCCUUUCAGCUUCACUAUAUAUUUUGGCCUCCUGCCCAUAGCGCAUGCACUUGAGUAUACCACCGGGCAAUAUGAAAGGGACAAUGGAGGGAGAAGCGAGCCCUGAGCUGAAACUCGAAGGCGACAUACCUGCCCGGUAUGUCAUGCCGCAGCAGGACCGCCCGUCCGCUGCCGCAGGUGUUGCGCCUAUCCCCGUCAUCGACCUCGGCCGCCUAUCCAGGCCUGACGCAGAUGGUGGUGCCGUCGAGGAGGAAGCGAAACUCCGGUGGGCGCUCGAGACCUGGGGCUUCUUCAUGAUUACUAACCAUGGUAUAGAGGCCUCUCUUAUGGAUGCGAUGAUGAAUGCAUCGAAGGAGUUCUUUGGGCAGCCGACUGAAGAGAAGCAAAAAUACAACAACAUAAUUGAUGGCAAGCGUUUUCGUCUUGAAGGGUACAGAAGUGAGCUGCUGCAAUCUGAAGGCCAGACCCUCGAUUGGUCCUGUCGUUUAUCUCUGCAAGUAGAACCGGAAGGGGAGAGAAGUUUCCACCUUUGGCCCAAGUAUCCCAAAUCUUUGAGGGAUGUGCUACUUCAGUACGCGUCAAGAACCAAGAUAAUAAAAGAUUGUAUCAUGCGAGCCCUCGCAAAUCUUCUAGAGCUCGAUGAGGAUUACUUCAUCAAUAGGACCACAACCAGGGCCCGAGCAUUAGCUAGGCUAGGCUACUACCCUCCAUGUCCGAGGCCUGACCUUGUUUUGGGCUUCAAGCCUCACUAUGAUGGUGGCGCCCUUUCAAUCCUUUUCAUCGAGGAGAACGCCGAUGGCUUGCAAGUUCUGAGAAAUGGAAAAUGGUACAAUGUUCUAGCCAAGCCUUAUACAUUGUUGAUCAACAUAGCAGAGUGCAUUGAGAUAAUGAGUAAUGGCAUCUUCAAGAGCCCACCACAUAGGGUCUUGACAAAUGCAGAGAAGGAAAGGACCUCAGUAGCUAUAUUCUAUGGCGUGGAUGUGGAAACGGUGGUUGAACCAGCACCUGGUUUGUUGGAUGAGAAGCGACUGGCAAGAUUCAAGAAAAUAAAGGCCGAGGAUUACUAUGGUACUGUCUUUGAGCAUUUCCGCCAAGGAAAAAGGCUUAUCGACACCUUGAUAAUUUAAGCAAAUCAUUUUAUGUUAGAUUUGAUUCAAGUUUUAAUAGUGGUUGCCUAUAAAUGUAAUAAAGAUACGGUUUCUCUUAUGUAAGGAUGGAUUUUCCUACCACCGUUGUAAAGUUCCGAGUAGCUCUUGGCCUAUGCAACAACCAUGAACCCUGCGGGGUUAUCCAAUGAUGGCUUGGCAUAAAUCUUUCAGAACUAUGUAAUAAACUAAAUUAUAUGCU